GAAAGCGGUGAGUGGUUUUGUGUGUAAUGUCAUUACAGUGUCAUUUUGAUGAUCAAGUGUCACUCUACUUGACUUGUGUGUGUCUGCAUGGAGCUUUUCCAUUAUUUGUGUGCACACAUGAGACCCUCUCGGUGCUGCAGUUCAACCUUAAAAACCACAUUACCUGACUCCUCACUCGGACGCCUCUGUCUUGCCACCUGCUUUUAUUUCUUGCGGUGCAGCCUUCAAAGCAAUAACAGGAUAAGCGCACCCCCCUUCCAAGCGCCACGCCAGGGCCUGAUGUAUGUCCUCUUACAAGGCCAGUGGGAGGGGAUUGUCAUCUCGGGUUUAAAAAGAUCUUAUUCCACUGCGCUUCACAUCACAGCGACGAUGAAAGUGCUGCUCAUUGUCCUCAUCCUCUCAGGUGUGGGACGGGCCUCCCCGGGCAAGGUGUGCAGUUACCAGGACGUCGUGGACCAUCUGAACCUAACCUCAAGGAACAGAGCUUUCCAGUUUACGCGGCCUGUCCUGGACCACACGCGUGCCACCCUGGUGGAGCUCAACAUCAUCCUGUACGCCAUCGUGGGCGUGAUUGAGAAAACACAAACCUUCAUUCCGUUACUCUGGACGAUGAUGUCUUGGACGGAUGAACGCAUUUCCUGGGACCCGGAUGAGUUUUGCGGGAUCACGGAAAUUUCCCUUCCCACUGACAUGCUGUGGAUCCCCGACAUCAUCAUCCUCGAGAUGGUGGAGAAAGACAACUCACAACACAACCCUUACAUGAUCGUCAAGCACAAUGGGACAGUCCUGCUGGAUCAGGACAUACGGGCGGUCAGCAUGUGCAUGAUGGACGUGUACAAGUUCCCCUUCGACACGCAGCGGUGCAACAUAUCGCUGGUCUCUGCAAUGUUUAAGUAUGAACAGCUGCGCGUCAUCCCGGUAGUGAACUCGUCGCGGGCUACCGACUCCACCAAAGCCAUGCUGCAUUCCCAGGGAGAGUGGGAGUUCCUCCAUUUGUCCGUGAGCAACAACAAUAUCAGCUUCAACGACCAAGUGUGGGAGAAGCUGGUGUACACGUUUGUCAUCAAGAGGCGACCCCUGCUGCAUGUCAUCAAUUUCCUGUUGCCCAUCUUCUUCUUCCUUUGCCUGGACCUGGCCUCCUACUUCAUCCCGGACCAGCAUGGGGAAAAAUUGGGCUUGAAGGUGACCAUGCUGCUCGCCAUCUCCGUGCUGCUCCUCAUCCUCAAUGACAUCCUGCCUUCCGUGUCGAACAAGACACCGCUUAUAGCCAUGUACUGCAUCGUCAUCUUCGCCCUGAUGCUACUCAGCCUCCUCGAGACCAUCAUGGUGACCUACCUGACUGAGGGGCCCUUGUUGGAGAAGCUGGCGAGGUGCGUCAGGAGCAAACGGAAGAAAGAUCCGACCGACAAGGCCGACACGGAAGACAUACAACAGACCAGAUCUGCGUGUCCAUCUGUGUCGAGCGGAGAGAAACCACACGAGCUGCUGCCUGUACCACAGGAGAUCAACAGCAGCACGCUGGGCGCUGAGUCUCGGCUGUUGCUGCUAGUCGUGGACGAGCUGAAGGAGCUGCAGCGGACGCUGAGCGUGCACCUGAGCUGCAAGAAAGACAGCGGGAAGUUUGCGCACUUGGCCAGCAAAAUCAACAAUGUCUUCUUCUUCUUCUACCUCACCGCUGUCACCCUCUUUCUUUCACUCCUGUACCUGGACUGGAAAAGUUAGAUGUCUCCAUUAACUGAACUUUUUAAAACAUGCAUUAACUCAUUAAUUCUCAACCACUGUGCUGCAGGAAAUUCCCUUUGCACUUCACAAACAUUUCAUUUUCAUGAACUGUUUUGUCUAUUUAUCUAUCUUCAACUAGAUGGCAGAAGGUACAAUCAACAUGUGUAUCCACUUUUUGCCAUGCAUGCAGCAGAAUAAUAGAUUUGCAUUCAACUAAACAAGCUGAGGUGGAAAAGAGGACGACUGGUUACCACACCCGCCUCACAGGUCAGAGGUUGUGAAUUUAAAUCUGGGCUACGGUCUUCCUGUGUGAAGUUGGCACGUUAUCCCCGUGCCUGCUUGGGUUUUCUCCGGUCCUCUGGUUGCCUCCCACUGGCUGGUGGACCAGUUCAGGGUGUAGCCCGCCUCUCGCCCGAAGUCAGCUGGGAUAGGCUCCAGCACGCCCGCAACCCUAGUGAGGAUAAGCAGUACUGAAAAUGGAUUGGGUGGUUGGAUAAACAGGCUGACAAUUCACAUUGCUGUUACAUUCCUUAUUGUAGUAUACUUAUAUACUUUUUGUGAUUUUGUUUGUGGUUUUUUUUGUUUAGUGGUGUGUUGUGAGAUUCUUCUAAUGUAAAAUAUGUCCCUUGGCUUAAUAAAGGUUGGGAAACUGCA